CCGUGUUCGCUCCCGUCUCCACCACCGACCGCGGCGUCCGGCCCGCCUCCACUCCCCACUCCCACUCCCCCACUUCUUCAACCCCACGCGCGCCGCCGACUCGCGCCUCUCCCUCUCCCUAGCUACGAGACCAUUCCUCCCGGCGCGGCGAUGGCGGGCGGCUCGUCGUCGUGGGGCCCGAGCCCGGCCGUGGUGACCGCGCUGGUGGCGCUGCUCGGCCUCGGCCUCGCCGCCUACAUCGUCGGCCCGCAGCUCUACUGGCACGCCAGCGAGGCGCUCGGCCGCUCGCCGGGGGCCUGCCCCGCCUGCGACUGCGACUGCGACGCGCGCCCGCUCCUCGCCCUCCCCGAAGACUGUUCCAAACAAUUCAAGGAGGUUAAGAGCCGUGCCUCUGGUGAAGAAACAGAGAAGAGCUUCACAGAGCUACUCAUAGAAGAACUUAAGCAGAGAGAGGAGGAGGCAACACAGGCCCAGCAACAAGCAGAUGUGAAAUUGCUUGAGGCUAAAAAACUAGCCUCACAGUACCAAAAGGAGGCGGACAAAUGCAGUUCAGGUAUGGAUACAUGUGAAGAAGCCAGGGAAAAAUCAGCAGAGGCAUUGAUUGAACAAAGGAAAUUAACUGCUUUAUGGGAGGAAAGAGCUCGUGAACUAGGAUGGAAACCUGGGAAUACCAAACCACAUCUGAUGUAGUAAUGAACCUAGCGAAUGGCAAUGGACAUGGCAUGUCAAGCACAACAGAGAUCGUAUUCCAAAUAUACUCCUCGAAGAUAUGAUAGAUUGAUAGGUAACAAUGGUGCAACCUCCCCUCUGUUUUGCUCUGACUCAUGAGCUUUUGUCCAUAAGUUAAUUUAUAUUCAGAUUGUAGUAUACGUCCGUAGCUGUUUGUGAGCCUUAUGUUAAAAAUGAUAAUAGAAUCAGAAUGCCACUCAUUCACUUGUAUGCCUUGAAGGAAAUAUUGGUUAUUGUCUAUGAAUGAUGGAAAUAAAUAAAGUGUUCUAGUCCAAGCGUA